CGCACUCCACACACACACGCACUCCACACACAUACUCGCUACAGAUUUGGGGGUUCGACUAGAUAAUUUUUUUCUGAGGCUGCCUAAAGGUCAGCGUCAAUGAAAACACCUGUCUGUCUCUACCUAGGGUGUCAGUGAACCAGCCGUGCGCUCCAGGACUACAUUUCCCAUGGUUCAGUUCUCUCCUUUUCUAGUUUCUUGGCAGUUGAAAAAGCUUCCGAUGUGAGCCACCACCCAGUGCCUAGUGCAGGAGGUAACCAAGGUGCACGCUGUAGCUCACUUCAUUCCCUCGCUGGUGCACUGUAGGGAGAAGCGGCUUGCAGGGAGGAGUUGGCUGGGGAGAUCCACGAUGGGGAGCUCUUGGCAGCGUCUAUGCGCUCUGGGAACUGUCCUUCUUUGCUUUGUGAGGGGCGAUGUCCCCCGGGAGGACAUCAACGAGAGGCCAAUCAUUGGAAUAUUGGCACAAAGUCACAAGGAAGAUUUACAAGGCCUCGGAAAGUAUUAUAUUGCUGCUUCAUAUGUAAAAUAUCUGGAAUCUGCAGGUGCAAGAGUUGUGCCAAUCAGGACAACACUUUCAGAUGAAGAAUAUGAUAACCUCUUCAACUCUAUCAAUGGGAUACUUUUUCCCGGUGGAGGUGUCGAUCUUCAGACUUCAAAAUAUAGCUAUGUAGCCCGACUGUUUUAUGACAAAGCCAAGCAGGCUUUUAAAAGAGGAGAUUAUUUUGCCAUUUGGGGAACAUGCCUUGGAUUUGAAGAGCUUACUGUCUUAACCAGUGGGAAGCAAUUACUAACUCCGACCAACACUUCUGGAAUUGCUUUGCCAUUAAACUUUACUAAAGCAAUAAAUGAAAGUAGGAUGUUUCAGAAUUUCCCUAAGGACUUGUUAGUGGCAUUGGCAACAGAACCCAUAACUUCAAAUUUUCAUAAGUGGAGCCUUUCCUUGAAGACUUUUAUGGAGAAUAAGAAGCUAAGUGAAUUUUACACAGUUUUAUCUACGAAUACAUACAAAGGCAUCGAGUUUAUCUCCACAAUGGAAGCCAAAGAGUACCCAAUUUAUGGUGUUCAGUGGCAUCCAGAGAAGAAUGCUUUUGAAUGGAAGAAAUUAAAGGGUUUAGUCCAUUCACCAGUAGGUAUUAGAAUGUCAUUCUACAUGGCAGACUUCUUUGUAAAUGAAGCUCGAAAAAGCCACCAUCGUUUUGCAAGUAAAGAAGAAGAAGAAAAGGCAUUGAUUUAUAAUUAUGAGCCUGUUUUCACUGGAAAUUAUUCUUCAUUUCAGCAAUGCUAUUUUUUUGAUUGAAUGUCCUUCCAAAGUUUUGUUAGAACCACAGUGAUUUGUAAAUGGAGUCAUUAAACUGUUGUUAUUCAUGUCAAUGGCAAUAAGGGAGCCAAGCCAUCUUUUUUCUAUUGUGUUACUUUGUUCUAUUUUUACCUUUCUAGACUUUCUUUGAAUAGAUUUCCAUCCAAUGAGAUGAGACUUCUAGAUCAUUCUUUAAUGUAUUGAAUCAGCACUUGUAAAAUUCCUUUAUAUUGAAGGAGAUAAAAUCCUUGCUUUCUGCAUAUUAGAAAAAAUGACAAGGAAACUGUAGGAAGAGAUUUUUACUCACUUGAAGGAUAAAUUCUAGGUGAUUUAAUAUUAUUUGGGUAGGAUAAUGUAAGCCUUAAACAUAAUUAGUUUUUUUACAAAGAGGAAUAAAUAGCUGGCAAGAUAGAAUGUUUUUUAAGUCUUUUUUUUUUGUCUUAUAUAAAAUGAAAGGAAAUUUAAAUUAGUCAAGUGAGUCCUUGACUUAUCAUGGACAUCAGCAAAAGUUGUCAAACCUUUUGGGGGUGAAUUUAGAUAUGAUACUGUGCAUUUUAUAUAAAACAUUUGAUUGGAUUCAUCCCAUGGGAGGGGAGAAGGUGCAGAACUUAAAAAUUAUUAGUAUUUGAUGACUUAAACGGAACAGAUAUUCUAGCACAUUAUCUAUGAAAUCAUGAACCUGCUUUUUCCUUCUUCAUCAAUUUUCCAUGAACACAUUACAGUCUAGCUAAUCAAAAUCAGGAAGUAGUCAUUUUGACAGCAAAGUAAAAAAAAAUCAAUCAUUACAGAUUUCUUCAUGUACCAUCUUUUAGGUUCAGACUAAUGAUUUAACUAUAGUUAGCAUCCUCAUGGGAAGAACAAAAAGUUAGUAAAUUUGAGGGUAAGAUUACAGUUAGAGUGACUGAAAUCUUCAUGUCCUUUCCUUUUUCCAUUUCUGUCAUCAAGGGUAAUCAUGUAUUUUAACUAUGAUAUUUUGCCUCCAUUGGACCAAUGAAAUUCCUCCAAUUAGAUGAAUUUUAUAGAACCUACUUUAAUGUAUUUGUAUCAGCAGUUGUAAAAUGCCAUUAUAGAGAGGGUAAUAUUUUUCUGGCUUUCUGAAAAAUAGAAAAAGUAUGCCUUGUUAAAAAUAUAGAAAAGGUGAAAAAGGAGAAAUUCUGUAAAAUGUCUCAGAUGAUUUAAUAUUAUCUGGGUAGAAUGAUUCAAGCUUUAAACAUAAUUAGUUUAUGUCUGUAGUCUAAUGGACUAGUCAUUAGUGCCCAUCAAUAUAUGUAUAAUAAUAGGCUUUAAUGUACAAAUUGAAUUUCUGUCAGAUAGCAUUUCACUUAAUGAACCUAGGCUCAAACUUCCAGUCGAGACAGUUAUAAACAAUGCACCAGAUCUUCCCUGAGGGAACAAAUCAUUAUUUUUCAUAAAAGAAGUUUGUUUCUAGUCAAAAGCUUUAACUCAUGUUGCUGCUACUACUAGACCAUUGUUUAUUUUCCACCAUAAUAUAUAUAGAUUGAUUGAUUGUGUUGAUCAAAAUGAGAGUCUUAGAUAUUUUUAAAAGUGGAAGCAUAGAAUAUCAUUGAAAUUCUUGAAUACAAAGCCCAAGAAGACACUCACCAUUUAAUUUGUCAUGUGAUCUCACUGAAUAGAGUCCAAUCUGAAAUACAACUAUUUGGUUUACUACUUUCAUUUUCUUUAAAUUAAAGAUCUUGUUAAAUUAUGGUUGGACUGAAUAAUUAAAUUGGUGGUUGCCAGGGAUUUAAUUUCUAAAUCCCAAAAUGAAUUACUAAAGUAAAAUGGAAUUUAUGGUAGUUUUUUUUACAAUAGAGGGAAGAUAUUAAGGAAGAGAAAAAAAGGGGGGAGAGAGAGCAAGAGCUCUGGCUUCCUCAGAGCCAGGUAGCAAUUCUAAGCCCCAGACAGGGGAAGGGAGUCUCAAGUGGAUGUCACUCCUCCAGAAAGGCAAGGAAACUUGUCAGCCUUUCACUCACCAAGGUGAUGGUAUAAAAGGAAAGCAGUCUUAGAUCUCCUGAAUGAACUCUUCCUGGGGUCCAGUUCCAAAGCCAAGUGUCUUCACUCCAAGCCUGAUUACUGACUGAUUCAUCUCCAUGUGCCUCUGUUUCCUCUAUUUAAAGAUCUUUUUCUAUUGUGUCACCUCCCCUAAAUUUUAUGUCUACCAAUUAGAGCAGAUGCUCCUCUCCAGGACUGCCCACUCAAUGUAUGAAAUGGAUGUUCACACCUUUUGUAAUUAGUUAUACCUUUUGUGGUUCAUUAACACCUUUUUGUAGUUAGUUAACGCCUUUUUGUAGUUAAAAUGGGUAGAUCUACUUUAAGUACUGAGUUAACACUUUGAGGAUUAAAAUCUAAAAAUAGACAAGGGAUUAUAAUUUAAUCUUAACAAUAAAGGAAGAGCUAAAUACCUUCAUUGUUACAAUCAAGGGAGAGCCAAUUAAUCCAAGGAGAGCCAAAUCCAAUCUUCACAAUCUCCAUAAAGUUCUGAGUCUGAUAGUACAGAUCCUUUUCUUACUUUGAUAAAAUAGUAAGUUAUGACACAUUGUGUGUCACUGCUGCUUGGGGUCAGUGAGAUAUUUCUAGGGUGCUUAUUUGCUUACCUUUUUAAACCAUAUAACUUAAAAGCCUAAGUGAACAGGUGAAUUAGGAGCUUCUUUUUAAAAGGAAAGGCAGUUGAAUGGGAAUUGAGAAAACAAAUAGAACCAGUUCUGUCACUGAAUUGAGUAAUUAUCAAAUUCUUUUGCAUUUUACUCUGAACAUAUAGCUUAGUAAUAAGGAUUUCCUCACCUGUUUACCUCAUGGAGAGGUUAUGAAAAUCCAUCCUCUGCCUCUCCUAAUUUUACCCAUCCUUUUAAGUCUCACUUCUUCAAUGAAACUUCUCUUUGAGCAUCCCAGACAACAGUGAUCUCUUUCAACUCAUUUUCUCUGCCUCUCAUUUGGCACUUAUCUAGUGAGCCUUGUACCAUUUCUUUAAUUUUUCAAUUGGUAUGACUUGACUCUCCAAUUUGCUUAUAAACUAUACUUGAGGACAGAUAUUCUAGGUCAGUGAUGGCAAAUCUGUGGCACCGGUGGCAAAGGUUAUACUCAGAGAACUCUGUGGGCAUGCUAGCCGCCCUCCCCCUGCCAACCAUCCUGAUCCUCCAGAGUUUGUUACUAGAAAGGCAGAGGCACUUGGGCAGAGCUGCUCCCCUUCCCCUCUCCAUUGUGUCUGAGGACAUUGUUUCUCAUCCCCCACUCUGCCCAGCAGCCAAUGGGAGCUGGGGGGGGGGUAGGGUGGGUGACUUGCAUACAGCAGAGCUGUAGGGGAGCCAGUCACUCCCCUCCCCCCUCUGCACUGGCUGAGAACAUUCCUCACUGCAGUUCAAUGAGAGUGCUUCCUCCCCUUUGUGGGCUAAGGGGUAGAGCAUGUCUGGUACUUGGCCGGGAGGGGUAUGGCAUAGGGUCUCUAAAAGGUUCGCCAUUACUGCUCUAGGCUAUUAUAUCAUUUUUAUACCUAGAAUAGUAUCCAUUAAGCACUUUCUCAUUAAGAUAUUUCAUAUUGGACCAAGUAAAGCUAUGUUAGGUAGGGCAGUGCCCCUUUAAACUUGCUCCCAAUUCUUCUUGUAAUACUAUCAUUAAGUUCUUGAACUGUUAAGAAUCAGACAGCUAAUGUUCAAUAUUGUCUUACAGGUAAGGAAUAGCACUACCUGAGUUUCAUAUUUUUUGUUCGUUUGUUUCUCUUUUUCCUCCUUUCCUUUCUUCCUUCGAUUUUAUCUUUUUCUAAAUGUGUUUUAUGCUCUUUAUGCUUAUAUUAUUGACACUUCCUGAUGACCCAAGAAUUGACCUCAGUGUCCAAAUAGAACCCUCCCUUUCAGCAAAGAAAUAAAAUGAAGCAGCAAAACAAAUCUACAUGUUGGCCAUGUCUGGCAAAGUGCCAGAUUUACAUGAAGCUUCACUUUCUGGUAGUCCUCAGCAUUGGGAGAUUGUUUAGGAGAAGACAAGUGGAGAGGUAAAGGGUGGACAUUAGAGAAGAAAUUCUCAAUACAAAGCACUCAUUUGCAGCAUGGAGAAGAUCAGAUAUCUAGAAGAAUUAUCAGCCUUCUGUCAUGAGGAGUAAAAGGCAAUACCUUCAAUUUAGUCAGCCAAAGGUGUUUUCUGGACAGAAACUAUACUUAAAAUACUUGGUGUGCAUAUAAUACAUAGGUAUUGUACCUUGAAUCUUCAGAUUUUUGAAAACUUUGCAACAUAAUACAUUGUACAUAUGGAAUGUAGUACAGAUGCAUUUGUAAGUAAUCCAUAUUUUUGUUUUAAAACUUAAAAGUAUGUUCUUUUGUUUUUUACUUGGUAAAUCUUAUUAAAUGAAAUAAAAAAUAUGAUUUCAAAAUAAAAA